AUGCCGACAACAACAACAACAACAGCGCCAACAGCAUCGUCACUCGAGCUCAAGGUCGAGCCUUCACCUGCGGCCGAGCAACCCUCGAGCUCCAGUGCAGUUGGCGCUGUGGCCACAGGUGGCUAUCCCUUCGCCGGCAUCCCGGUGAUCGAGGACUUGUACAAGAAGCGGCAGUGGCAGCUGGAGCACAUGGCGGGGGCGUUCCGCGUCUUUGCGCGCAAGGGCUUCACCGAGGGCACCAGCGGACACAUCUCGGUGCGCGACCCCGUCUACCCCAACACCUUUUGGAUCAAUCCAAUGGGCAAACACUUUGGCAUGCUCAAGGCCAGCGACAUGGUGCACAUAGACGAGGCCGGCCAGGUCAUCGGCGGCAACAGGGUCGCCGUCAACGCCGCCGGCUUCGUCAUCCACAGCGCCAUCCACCGCGCCCGGCCCGACGUCCACGCAGCCUGCCACAUGCACUCGCCCGCCGGCAAGGCCUGGUCCGCAUUCGCCAGACCCGUCGACAUCAUCAACCAGGACUCGUGCAAUUUUUACCGCACCCAGGCCGUAUACCGCGACUUCGGCGGCGUGGUCCUGGGCGACCACGAGGGCAAGAUGAUAGCCCAGGCCCUGGGCCACAAGAACCGCGUCGUCUUUCUGCAGAGCCACGGCCUGCUGACUACGGGCGGCACUGUUGAUGAGGCCGCUUACCUCUUCACGUGUCUGGAGCGGACGUGUGAGGUGCAGCUCAUGGUCGAGGCUGCAGGAUUGCCCAAGAACAUCAUCUCGGACGAGGCGGCUGCCUUUACUUUCAACGUCAACGCUGACCCGGAAACCUUGUAUACUGAGUUCCAGCCUGAUUUUGAGUUUGAGAUUUGGAAGUCAAAGGGCGAGCUGUGCAAGGGAGAGUAG